GCAGCAUAUUAAUGCACUUAUAUAUUUGCUGCUUGUUGAUUUCAACAAAGACGUAUCAAAUCCAAUAGUGAGAGAUUGGUCGUGUAUGGAGAUGGUUUGUUGGUUGGGCUUGCGUAGUGAUAACCUUGAGGAAAUGGUGGGGACAGUGAUGCCGUAUGUCCGUGGCAGUCUUCCUUUCAUAGGUGGGCUGGAAUGGACGAAUGCUAGACGUGUAUUUGGUGUGGCACACAUAAACAACAAUCAUUGGUGUUUCUAUCAGAUAUGCAUCCCCGAGCAGCGCAUUGUUGUUUACGACUCUCUGAACUAUGACUGGGAUACUGUAGCAGGGCAUUUUGACAAGGUCCGGACGAACUUACCCAUACUAUGCCGUAUGGGAAGAAUAUGGGAGAGGUGCAACUAUUCAAACGCCCUUAUGGAGAGCUGGGACGUCGUGAAGUUUGAGAAUCCACCACAACAAACUAAUCAUAGCGACUGUGGAAUCAUGGCAAUCAAAUUUAUGGAAUGUUGUGCUUAUGGUGUUCCCGUGGAUGGCAUAAAACCUGAACGUGGACCCAUUUUUCGACGCCGUUACGUGGUAAGGCUUUUUAAUUCUUCAUAUGAAGCAUGACUCCUACACAUGUUUGAGGGGCGGCAGACAUUUGAAGUGAAGGAAUAGGUAUCAAAGCAGGUUUUGUGGUUCUUGGAAGCAAAGUAGGCUGUUAUUUUUUGGGUACAUGCUUGUUCAUAACUCUCCUUUUGGUUUUGGACUAAUUCUUGUUAUUAGCGAAAACCUAAGUUAUGAGCUGAGCUCGUUCAUUGGGAUGUAAAUAUUGCAGCAAAAAUCAUUAGUAUUGCUUCCUUUGUUAUGGAAAUAGUAAACAAGUUUUAUAUAGUGCUCUAGUUCCGUGUUAUUUUUGCUUGUGUGGCAGAUUUCUCGUGACCACUUGCAGUCUUUUGUUUAAACUCUAGUGUUUGGAAAUCGAAAGAAAGAAGACUAUAUUCCCAUUUGGGUGUUUGUUUGUGGUUUGUCUCUUUUUGCUAUCGAAUAUAUUUCAGCAAAUAUACUUUAUGCACUGUAGGUGCACAAUAAUGAAAAGACAAGUCCAUUGAUUAAAUUUCCGAGGUAAUAGAUAUAGCUUUUCCUGAUUGAAAAAUUGCACAUUCAUGCAUAUUUAUUAUUUAUCAUCCUGACGCAGUGAAUGGCUAUAUAUUUCCCUUCCCAUUUCAUCGUAUACACUCACUAGUAUACAAUGAAACCAAAGGCCAUCUCCCAAAGGGAUGUAUUCUACAUCCCUCCAUGGUCGCGUCCGAUUGAGCUCCUGCUCUUAGUAAAAUUAGAUUGUGCUAGAGUAGCAGGCAAAUGGGUACCCGGAGAUCAUGUUGGCAAUAUGCCGGUGAUCGACAGUAUUUGCGAUGAGUUAACAGGUCAUCCGUUCUUGUUGCAAAUUCCAAAAGCCAAAUACCAUGAAAAGGUAAUGGAAUGGUUGACUAGAUUUAUUCGCUUCCACUCCUUAUUGAAGGAUGAAAGGACUUGGUUCUGUGAAAACACGAAGCGCGUUUUUGCUACAGAUUUAUCUUGGGAAGAGAUUGGAGCCGUAAGUUUAAUAACGUAUCCAUUUUUUGUGGCCAAUAAAAAUUGUAUUACCUUUUAUUAAUAUUUUUUUUUUCGUUAGGAAAAACCCCAAAUGUUAUGUUACAUGGAAGAAGGUGAGGCAAAUUGGGAUAUAUUAAAGCGCCUAUUCUACGAGGCUGGGAUGUAUUCAUGUUCAGAUGAAGAUGAAUAGGUAAAAACAAAACAGUACAAGUAUUAUUCGCCUUGAAGUCUUGUAUAUGUGAAAAACAAUUUUAAUAUUUAAUUUGCUUAGAUUUUGUGAUUUUCUUCAAUCCUGUAGUGUUUGUAAUCUUUUUUUUGCAAUUUCU